AUGGAGGGAAAAAUCAUCUCUGUCGCCUCCUCGCUGGCCGCCACGAGCUUCUACCCGAGCAAGACCUACGUCAUCGUCCACGGGUUCCUGGGCAGCGGGACAGACGACUGGAUUAUUGACAUGAAGAACGCCCUCCUGAAGCACGAGGACUGCAACGUCAUCUCCGCCAGCUGGGACUCGGGCACCACCACCCUCGGCUACUACGUGGUCCAGGCGCGUGUCCCUCAGGUCGGCGAGGACAUAGGGCGCCUCAUCAACUUCCUCUUGCACGCCACGGCCCUCACCAAGCCGCAGAUCCACCUCAUCGGGCAUUCGCUUGGGGCACACGCCGUCGGGUUCGCCGGGAAGGCCCUGAACGGGACGCUCUCCAGGAUUACAGGCCUGGAUCCGGCGGGGCUGAUGUACCACACAACCGACCGGACGCGACGCCUGGACAGAAGCGACGCCGAUUUCGUCGACGUCAUCCACACCCACGGCUGCACGACCAUCCUCAACCAGUGGUCGGACUGCUACGGCAUCGACGAGAACCUCGGGGAUGCGGACUUCUGGCCCAACGGCGGGGAGCGGCAGCCCAUGUGCAAGGAGGGGGGCGACGGACACCAGAUGGUCAGGGAGGGCAGCAGCUGCGACCAUGGCAUAGCGUAUGUCCUGUACACUGAAUCUAUUCAGUAUCCUACCUCCACCACCCGGUUCCUGGCCCGCCCAUGCCACUCCUGGAAAUACUACAACAACGGGUCGUGUCCGUGUGGUUCUACAGCUCAGUACAUGGGUUUCAAUGUUAAUCCAAGUUUGGGAGGACUGUUCUUCCUCAACACGAGCAACACAUCACCUUACGCUCUGCUGGACUCGGAUUGCUCACCGGCUCACUUCUCUUUCUUGCAGAUCAUUGCACUGGUUCUGCUCUCAGUCAUAACAGUACUGAUGACCUUUGUGGUCGUCACGACGGUGUUGCAGCAAUAUUUCCGCAUACCGGUACUCUCUGUCCGGAUCAGAGAAGCCUUCAGAAUAGACACCACAAUUAUCCAGGGUGUCUCGCAGUCCUCGUCAACCCAAUUCUUGACUGAGGCCACGAAGGACCAGGUCAUCACGUGAACCUCCACGUCGCCAAUGAGAAUCCCUCUUUUCGGAGUCGCCUCACCUGUUGCUGGGGAUAAAGGGAUACUAGCCCAAGUCUCGCCCAAGAUCGAGAACCUCACCUGUGGGUCUACGUAUCCUGCCCUGCCGCUUGCUAGUCAGUGCGCUUCGUCCGUCUUCGCUAUCGCUUCGUUGUGUGUGGAGAGAACCUGGGUGUUGUACGCAUCGUCUCAAAUCACAUACCUACUUACCUAUUUUCUCGAUGAACUUGUGAUGAAAAGUACUUUUUUCUCUCUCACUUUCUGAAAUGUGAUAUUAACAGUUAUGGAAGCAAGUUGAAGGCGCCAACGUUAUAAGAACUUGCCAGAGUAGAUGUAACGAUAAAAUGUGAUUAUUACUAUCAUAAGCUAUUUGAUGUGGAAAGAUCUCUUCCAGAACAAAAACGGCGUCAAUGAACUAGUGUGUUAGGCGCCCAGAGUUUAAAUAUGACCUGUGGGUACUUUACAGAAAACGGUUAUGCAGUAUUAAUUAAAGAAUGUCAGAAGUCUGAUGGACAGUAAAACUGAUGUAUUUUUCGGUUUGAAUUACGGGGAAUCUUUAUUUUGCUGCAUACACGAAAUAUUAGAGAAGUUUACCGUUAGAUUUUAGAAACGCUGCAUAUAAUGCGCUCAGUUACAGGUAUAUAACAGAGUCUGUUGACUUUGUGUAUUAAUAUCAAUAUAUUUAGAGUUAAUUAUCGGGCUAUUAGAUUGCUUACUGUUUAUUUAAAAAUACACACUAAGCAUAUGCAUAUUAUGUAUGACCCAUAACAGUGUAACUAUCACACCCAGCUACGUUUGAUACCAAUGCACAAUUUCGUUGUAAAGCCUCAGUGAAGUUAGUUGUAAAACGCUUCUUCCAGGCAAUGUCAUUCUGAUUCAGGUAUUAUUACUGUACAGAGGCCUGGCCACGCGAGCGGGUAUGAUCAGCGGGUACCCUGUAAAAGUUACGUCAUUUAUACUCGUACGCGCCCUUGUGCCGCAGUUCGGCGGCCAAUUGUCCCAGUACUGGGUUAACUAUGCGUGUAAAGUUGUAUUAUAUUGGUCAUUUGGUGUGUGCCAUUCCAAGCCAAAAAGACGAGAGGAUUUUUCAAAAUCUGUUCCUUGAUUGGCUAUUUAAUUGAAAUACUGGAGAUAAUUGCUACUCGAUGGUUAAAUACUGCAGGAAGUUACAGUAAAUUAUAUAAAAAACAAGAGCGAUAACAAUAACGAAAACUUUUAAUGCAUGUUAGAUAGGCAGUGUAUGGCAAUUUCGAAGAGCAACCAACACGGGCGCCUUACUGGUUUGCCCGCGUGCCGAAGUGGCAACUCAACAGAAAACUACUCGAUCGUGUGGACGGGCCCUUUACUCAAUGUAGAUCUUGCUAGUAAUUACUAUUAUAGCAACUUAUUUUUGAGCGGAAUAGUUUUGGUAGCGUAAUUUCUUGCGUUAUUUUAAGCUUUUCGUGUAAAGAAACUUUUUAAUCGUCACUGCAUGCAAAAAGGCACCUAACACUCUUGUUAUGCAUUGUUCAUUUAUAUUUUGUGAUCGUAAGGUAUUUGAAGAAACAUUUUUAUAUCCUUUUGGCUACGCUUUUAGGUUCGCACAAGAUAAACCAUAUAAAGUUGUGCUGGCUAUACAGCAUACUUAUUUGGGCUACCGUGAUCACUGUAUAGCGCAAAAUACAAGUAGAAAAACAUACACCACGGAAUAUAAUGGAUGUAUGGAGUACAGUGUGUGUUUUCAAUCCGAACGCCACGUUGUAAACGAGAUAAACCAGUCCUAUGUUUUAUAACCCGGAAGAUAUACAUCAGGAUUAUACUGGAUGUGAGAGAACUGUUAAUCCAAGCGUUAUUCAUUGUAUAGACGGAUUAUUGUAAAAUAAACAAUAAUGAAAAAAGGUCCUCUAUGUUUUAUCAAAACCAGUUUCCAUCUCUUUCAUAAUACCUCACAUGCCUGAAAUAAUGAUUGUGUUCUUUAUAUUUUGUUCAAGCUGUGGAAAUCCACACAAAUAAAUCUAAAAUUACUGUAACCGA